AUGUCCAGAUAUCAGGAUCUAAAGAUGCAGAGAGCAGGUUGGUUUUCUUUUCGCUGCUGAAAACGUGUUUUAUUUUGCUAUUGUUUCAAGUAGCUCAGCCGUUCACAGACACAUCACGUUCAGGUUUGUUCUCAUAUUUGAGCAAGUAUUUUGAGAGUUGAUGAAAGUCUGACUGUGAUCGAUGGGCAGUUUGAGAGAAUAAUGCAGAGCAGUGAAGAGUAUGACGAUUAUGGAGGCGAAUAUGAGACCUAAGGCAGAUAUGUCUUUAAUUUGGUGAUAACACACACCAAAUGUAAUGACAGAUUUCACCCAGUAAAGUAUUUUUACCCUUUUGUUAAAAAUUUAAGGGUUUGCUUUUUUACCACUUACAAAUCAUUCAGUCUUUAAAAGCUUCUGUAUAAUGUCCAUAGAUUGUAUAUGGACAACCUGGUUCGGCCCUCCGCCAGUAUACGGAUUUGAAGCCAAAAAGCUUUUGGUAAUUCUGCAGGUUUUUUUUUUCUCCAUUUCCUGAAACCAACAAUGCGCAGUAGCAUUGUACGCACUCCACCACUGAGCAGAAGCAUUGUGUGCAAUCCUUGUAUGCCCAUAGGCAGUAUCAGGUGUCAAUCAUAGAAAACAGGAACUCCCUAAUAACUUUUAAAAAUGGAGCUUCACAGAACAAAGAGGACUUGAGCACAAACCAGUCUUACACUAAUUACGUAUCAACAUCGCAGGCAGAGGGGAAAAAAAAUUAAGUGUAAUAAAUUUCUAAAGUUUGUUCACAGCCCCAUAAGCUUUGCUGGUGGAGGCGGGAUUUAUGACCUAUACUGCAGCCCGUCACCAGAGUGUGCUGUUCUCGGAGUGACUUCACCCAGCAAGGAGGCAGACGGCGUCCAUUCUAUAUACAGUCCAUGAUAACGUCCUUUGCAAGACUUUGGCUUGUAUCCUAUGAUGAUUCAGAAGGAUGUCCCUCACUUUUUAGGCUGGCAGCCAUUAGCUUGCUAGCGCUUCCUAGCACUCACAGACACUUGUAAUUGCUGCAGCCUCUCUCUCAUCAAGCUCACUCAGACACACAAAGAAACACACACCUGCCUCCCCCAUCUCCUUUCCUUGCUCUCCUCUCUCCACCUGUUGCUGCCUGAUAGUUUGUACCACGGUUUCACAGUGUUGAACAAAGAGUGGUAAACUUCCUUAGGCUCCCUAACUUUGUUUUGAAUUGAUCCAAGCUGCUUAUGAUGGUCUGCUGUUGAGGAAGAGGGGGGUGGGCUGGGCUUCAUUCACUGUACAGGACCUGGCAGGGGUAACUCAACAGGCAGAUAAAUAAUCAUUGAGUCUCAAUCAUCAUGUUUUUAUACUUAAGGGGAGCCAAAUUUGUAGUCAUAAACUGAAUGUUUUUAAUCAACAUGAAUUCCCUUUUGCUCUUGAUGUGUUCUUCUGUAUUUCAGUGUGUCCUGCUGACAUUCUGCUGCCGUUGGUCAAUAAAGACUUGGUUCCUGCCACACAGCAUGAGAGGAGCCCCAGUCUGGACCCUGAAGAUUCUGGGCCGUCAAACGUUAAGGAGGAACCAGAGGAACUGUGGUGCAGUCAGGAGGGAGGGCAUGGGCUCAGGGAGACUGGUACAACAAAGUUCACUUGCAUUCCUACCUCUGUGAAGAGUGAAGAUGAUGAAGUAAACGCAGAGUCCUCACAGCUUCAUCAGAGACAAACUGAGCAAGUGCAAAUUAACGGAGGGGACUGCAAAGAGCCAGAGCAAGCCACACACUCAGAUCCAUGGGAACAUUUGCAACCAAAGACUGAGGACAAAAAUGUAGACUCUUCUGAUGCUGAGACUGAAGACAGUGAUGAUUGGAAGGAGACAAGAGAACAAAACUCCAGUUUAAUCUCUGUAGAAAACACUGCAGAACUCAGACUGGAGACAAAUAGGAUUUUACAUACUUGCUCUGAGUGCGGUAAAACAUUCAAUAAGAAACAGCAUCUCACCACACACAUAAGAAUCCACACAGGAGAGAAACCCUACAGCUGCUCUGUGUGCAGUAAAAAAUUCAAUCAUGAAGGAAAUCUUAAUAGACACCUGUUGGUUCACACAGGUGAGAAAAAGUUUGGCUGCCCUGAAUGUGAUAAAAAAUUUAACCUAAAAGAAAUACUUAAUAGACACAUGUUGAUCCACACUCAAGAGAAACCCUAUAGCUGCUCUGUUUGCAGCAAACGAUUCAACCAUACAGCAAAUCUGACCAAACACAUGAGAAUUCAUACAGGUGAGAAACCGUUCUGCUGCCCUGAAUGUGGUAAAAGAUUUUACCUAAAGGGGCAUCUAAAUUCUCAUAUGUGUGUUCAUAAAAGAGAAAAACCCUUCAUCUGCUCUGAGUGUGGUAAAAGAUUCAAUCGAAAGGGAAAUCUAACUAAACACAUGAGGAUUCACACGAGAGAGAAACCCUUCAGCUGCUCUGUUUGCGACGAAAGAUUCAACAGUGAGUCCAGUCUCUCACGCCACAUGGUUGAUCACAAUGGAAUGAAACCCUUUAACUGCUCUGUUUGUAACAAGAGCUUUAACCAAAAAGGGCAUUUGACUAGACACAUGCUAGUUCACACUCAAGAAAAACCCUACAUCUGCUCUGUUUGCAACAAGACAUUUAACCAAAAAUCAAGACUGACUUUUCACAUGGCACAUCAUAAUGGGGAGAAACCCUUCAGCUGCUCUGAGUGCGUAAAAACAUUUAAGAAUAAACCAGAACUGAUCCAGCACAUGAGAAUUCACACAGGAGAGAAACCUUUCAUCUGCCCAGACUGUGGGAAAACGUUUAAUCACAAAGGAAACCUGAACAAGCACAGGAGAAUUCACACAGGAGAGAAACCCUACAGCUGCUCUUUUUGUGGUAAAAGAUACAGUCUAAAAUCUAAUCUGACGCAUCACAUGGCACAUCACAGAGGUGAGAAACCCUUUCGCUGUAAUCGUUGUGAUCAAAGGUUUUCUUGGCAUUCACAGUUAAAAAGACACAAAUGUGUUGAGUGUGAAAUAAGAGACGAAGAAACAGUAGCUGAUGUAGACAGCUGUGGAGGACCAGAACCAGACUUGAACACAAAAGUACCUGUACAACCAGAGACUGAGGUCAAGACUGAAGACUCCCCUGACCCUGAGACUGAAGAUAAGGCUGGUGUGAAGGGAGCAGAAGACUGUCAGUCAGGUUCAAACUCUCUGAGGAAUAAUGAUGUUGUCUUGAGUGCAGCAGCGCUAGACUCUAACAGUACAACCUUUUUUUACAUUAAGUUCAAUGGAACGUUGGACAGCAAUCAGUCGUCAUGGACCCCAGGAAUCAUGCACACGGGAGAGGGACAAAUCAGUGGCCCAAGAUGUGAGAAACAUAGGACAGAAACAGAGAGGCUUGACCAACAUAUCACAGUCAACAAAGAGGGGAAACAAGAUGACCCAGAGCCCCUACCUGUGAAGGAUGAACAGGAAGAAGUGUGUAUCAGUCAGCCUGAUACCAUCACAUUCCCAUUCACCCCCUUCCCUGUGAAGAGUGAAGAUACUGGAGAGAGCUCUGAGUCCCCACAUCUUCAACAGAUAAAGACUGAAUACAUGAAAGUAGAAUCUGAUGAGAAAGACUUUGGAUUAUCACAACCAGCCAGGACCUCAGAUCCAGAGAGACAUUUGCAACCAGAGACUGAGGUCAAGACGGAAGAGUCACCUGACACUGAUGACAGUGUUGACAGUGAUUUUUGGAAAGAGAACAGAAAAAGGCCAGUUAAAAGGAAUUCAUAUAGCUGCAGUGAAUGCGAUAAAAAAUUUGAGAAUGAUGAGGAUCUGUCCAAGCACAGAAGAAUUCACACCAGAGAGAAAACGUUAAGCUGCUCUGUUUGCAGUAAAACCUUUACUCAAAGGGGAAAUCUGACCAGACACUUGUUGGUUCAUAUCGAAGAUAAACCCUAUAGCUGCACCAUUUGCAAUAAAGCAUUUAAUGAGAGGGGACGUCUGACCAAUCAUAUGAGAAUUCACACGGGAGAAAAACCUUUCAGCUGCUCUGUUUGCAGUAAAAGAUUUAACCUUAAAUCAAGUCUGUCACUCCACAUGGCAUAUCACAUAGGUGAAAAACCCUUCAGUUGCUCUGUUUGCAGCAAAAGAUUUUACCAGAAAGGGCACCUGACCACACACAUGUUAGUGCAUACGGGAGACAAACCCUUCAACUGUUCUGUUUGCAAGAAAACAUUUAACCAGAAAGGACAUUUAACCACACACAUGUUAGUUCACAUAGGAAAGAAACCUUUCAGCUGCUCUGUUUGCUGUAAAAGAUUCUACCAAAAAGGGCAUCUGACAGCACACAUGUUGGUUCACACUGGAAAGGAACCCUUCAGCUGCUCUGUUUGCAGUAAAAGAUUUUUCCAAAAAGGGCAUUUAAGCUCACACAUGUUGGUUCACUCAGGAGAGAAACAAUUUAGCUGCUCCGAGUGCGGUAAAAAGUUUAACCAUAAGUGUAACUUGAAACUCCAUAUGGCACAUCACAGAGGUGAGAAAAGCUGCAGUUGUAGUGUUUGUGGUCAAAGUUUCUCUUGGUUUUAUCAGUUAAAAAAACACAAGCUUGUUCACAGUCAGAAUACAAAACCAAUCUGA